AUGCAUGUGCAUCCCCAUGCCAGCGCCGCGGCAGCCCCCCGCCCCACCUCUACGACGCUCGCGCCCGCCAACCUCGUCUCCCCUUCCCCACUAACCUCGGACCCCCCGCCAACCUCGGACCCGCAGGUCCGCGCGAUGCAGAUCAUCGACGAGCUCGAGGUCAACAGGCGCGGCCCCUACGGCGGCGGCCUGGGGCACGUCGGUUUCACCGGGUCCAUGGACAUGGCCCUGGCGCUGCGCACGAUGGUGAUCCAGACGGCGGCGCGGGACACGCUGUAUUCGUACAACGGCCCCGACAGCCGGAGGGAGUGGGCGGUGCACAUCCAGGCGCGUGCCGGCGCGGGUCUGGUGGCGGACAGCGUGCCCGAGCUGGAAUACGAGGAGACGAUCAACAAGGCUGCCGCCCUGGGCCGCGCGGUCGACCUCGCUGAGCAGGCCUUCGUGAGCGCCCAGGGCCAUUGA